CGGUCAUGAGCAACAUUUAAGAACGGGCAGCAUCCUUUUAUUUGUUAUUAUUUCGCAUCAUCGACAAUUUUCAAGUCUAUAUUAAUAAGAAGGGAAUUAUCGCAUGUUUGUGAUUGGCUGCAGUGUACACGAAGUGAGCUUUAAGUGGCCCUCAAUUCGGUUUUCUUUUUUAUCUUUUUUUUUUUUUAAUUUUACAGCCGCGACUCACAUGGCUCCAAAUACCAAAGUGAGGUGCGAAGUCACGCGAAGGAUUCCUGCGCGUGCGGGGAAAUCGCCUCAGAGGCUGAACAUAAAAUAAUAUGAUUUAAAAAAAAAAAAAUGUGUCCAAUUGAUUGAGCUGAAGUCACAUGAACCGCCAGACGUGGGCGUCAGCCGACUGUUGUGUCGUCGUCGUUGUUGUCCCUUUCGGAACUUUGUCAACAAAUUGCGGCACUUGUGACCGUCUGAAGACAAUCAGCGUUUAGUUUGGUUUGGUUUAAAAGAAAAAAUGCAAAAAAUGUCAUCAAAUCCUGAGAAGGGGACGUUUGCUGCAUCGUAACAUGCUCGGUCGGACCGAGCCCGAUCAUGUCACUCGUGAGGUGUUUGGAAGGCGAUGCCGUUUUGGGCAAAGCGAGGACGCGGCCAUGCCCAACGAGCGCAGCCCGCUCGUGGCUUCGGGGGGGUGCGGUCUGACCAUGGCGACGUGCGGCGACGCGGGGGACCCGCCCCCCGACCCCGCCUCCGGGUCGCCGAGCAAGGAGCCCCGAAAGCUCAACACGUUUUUCGGGGUGAUGGUGCCCACCGUCCUCUCCAUGUUCAGCAUCGUGCUCUUUCUGAGGACGGGUUUUGUGGUGGGCCACGCGGGGCUCCUGCAGGGUCUCCUGAUGGUGCUCGUGGCCUACUUCAUCAUCACGCUCACCAUCCUGUCCAUCUGCGCCAUCUCCACCAACGGGGCCAUCCAGGGAGGGGGCGCCUACUACAUGAUCAGUCGAUCGCUGGGCCCCGAGUUCGGGGGGAGUAUCGGUCUGAUGUUCUUCUUGGCCAAAGUGUUUGCGUGCGGCGAGUACGUUCUCGGUCUGGUGGAGGCCGUUCUUGACGUCUUUGGCACGGACGCUGAAACGUCCCAGGGCGUGCGGGUCCUGCCUCAAGGUUACUGGUUCACGGUGUUGUACUCGUCGGCGAUCCUCCUGCUGUGCCUGGCGGUGUGCCUGGUGGGCGCCCACAUCUACUCGCGGACGGCCUUCGCCAUCCUGCUGCUCGUCACCGCGUCGCUGCUGUCCGUCUUCGUCAGCUCUUUGGCCGUCGGACCUCUGGAUUUCGUCAUCGCCCGGCCGGGGUCCGGGAAUCGCACCGUGCGCUACGACGCCAGCUACACCGGCUUCAACGCCACCACGCUGAAGAACAACCUGGCCCCCGGUUACUCGUUGGACUACAGCACCGGCUCGGUCAUGUCGUUCGCCACCGUUUUUGCCGUCAUGUUCACCAGCUGCACGGGCAUCAUGGCCGGAGCCAACAUGUCAGGGGACCUGGAAACGCCGAGCGUGUCCAUCCCCAAAGGUACCGUCGUGGCCGUCGUGUACACCUUUGUGGUCUACGUCCUCUUCUUCGUCUUGGUCAGCGCCACGUGCGACAGGACUCUCCUGAUUGAGGAUUACGGUUUCCUCCAGCGGAUCAACAUCUGGCCGCCGUUUGUGACCAUCGGGAUUUACUGCGGCGCCCUUUUCGCCGCGAUGUGCUCCAUGAUCGGAGCGUCCCGCAUACUUCACGCCCUCGCCGUGGAUCAUCUCUUCGGUCUGCCAUUAGCACCCGCUACGAUCACCACGAGCUCGGGGAACCCGUGGAUGGCGGUGCUUUACACGUGGGGGCUAGCGCAGUGUGUGGUGUUCGCAGGCCAGCUCAACGCCGUCGCCAGCCUGGUGACGGUUUUCUACUUGCUCGCCUACGCGGCGGUGGAUCUGGCUUGUUUGGCUCUCGAGUGGGCGUCUGCGCCAAAUUUCAGGCCGACCUUCCGGUUUUUCUCCUGGCACACGUGCCUGCUGGGCAUCCUGAGCUGUUUAGUCAUGAUGUUCGUCAUCAACCCCGUGUACUCGUCGGGCAGCGUGGUCCUCCUCUUGCUGCUGCUGCUUUUCCUGCACUACCGCUCCCCCACCAGCAGCUGGGGCUACAUCAGCCAGGCCCUGAUCUUCCAUCAGGUGCGCAAGUAUCUUCUGCUGCUGGACGUGAGGAAGGACCACGUGAAGUUCUGGAGGCCGCAGGUCUUGUUGAUGGUGGCCAACCCGCGUUCUUCCUGUCAGCUCAUCCUGUUCGUCAACCAGCUGAAAAAAGGGGGGCUGUUCGUGCUGGGCCACGUGCAGCUCGGAGAUCUGGACUCUCUGCCGUCAGAUCCCGUCCAGCACCAGUACAACUUCUGGCUGAGCUUAGUGGACAAGCUCGGCGUGAAGGCCUUCGUGGAUCUGACGCUGUCUCCGUCGGUCAGACAAGGAACGCAGCACCUCCUGCGUAUCACGGGCCUGGGCGGCAUGAAGCCCAACACGCUGAUCUUGGGCUUCUACGACAGCUGCACGCCCGAGGACUUCUUCCUCCAAGACGCGGCUUUUUGCGGCCCGGGCGCCGAAGGCGAGUACAACUUUGGCGUGGACCUGCCGUCGUUGCAGGCCCACUUCCCCCCCGUCCGCCACGCGGAGAGCCCGCGCUGGCUCUCGCCCGAAGAGUACGUGGGGAUCGUCGCCGACGCCGUCAAGAUGAACAAGAACGUGUGCCUCGGGCGCUAUUUCUUCCACCUGGAGGGGGAGGGGGAGGGGGAGGUGCGGCAGGGCGAAGGGGACGGUUCCGAGCGCGCCAUCGACGUGUGGCCCCUCAACCUGCUGCAGCCGGGCUGCCGGGACUACCAGGACGUGUGCAGCCUCUUCUUGCUGCAGAUGGCCUGCGUGCUGAACAUGUCCAGCAGGUGGCGCCGCGCCAGAAUGAGGAUCUUCCUCAACGUGGAGACCGAGUCCAGCGACCAGGGCUGGGCGGUGGACGAAGAGACCUUCCGAGAGCUGCUGAAGAAGCUGCGGAUCCGAGCGUCCAUCAAGAUCGUCCCGUGGGACUCGGUGGUGCGGCACCACGCCGAGGAGCGGGGCCCCGCCCUUUCUGACGGCUUCCUGUCGGCGGUGAACUCCAUGCUGCUGGAACACAGUUCUCAGGCCGCCGUCCGCUUCCUGUACCUACCGCGGCCCCCCGCCCCCCGCGACCUGGCCCGGACCUACCUGGCCCAGCUGGAGGCGGUGACGGCCCGCUUGGGUCCGACGCUCCUCAUCCACGGCGUCACCCCGGUGACCUACACGGGCCUUUGAGCUCGGACGUCGCCGGCUCGCUUUCGUCGGAGCUGAUGAACUUUGACCUUUUGGACUUUUCCGGGCAGCGGAGUGCGUGAUAUUACUGUUACCGUCAGCCAUUUCUAAUUACACGCUUGAAGAUUUCACGUUCCAGUUUGCUCUGUUGCAGUUUUCAUGCACUUCAAGAAAGCGCUUUGGCGUGUAAAUGAAUAAAUUGCCACCUAACUUGCAUUGUAGCUCCUCCCCUUCGUCUUGAUUCAUGUGUCGAAGAGCUUUAAAAACAAAAACGGGUUCUGUAAUUAUAGAAAUGUCCCAGUGUAUGUCAUUUACAAUUUUGUGUUACAAUGUCUUUUUUUUUUUUUUUUGCGACUUACUUGACGAGUUUCCGAUAUUUACUCCGCAUCACGACUGUAAAACAAAGUUGUCGUAAUGUCACUUUUCUGUUGGAUGCUGCACGCGCCCUCCUCACUAACAAACAGGAAGUUGCCACACAAAAAAAGCAAAACACGAUGCAGCAUUGUUUCUCUCUUUUUUUUUUUUUUUUUUUUUUUUUGUAACACCCAGUGGUAAAGUCGCACGUCUGCCGUUGACUUUGCAAAGUAUUGUCUUGUCCCAGAAAUGUAAAUCCCAGUUUGCAGGAUAGGAAGUUCGUUUGGGCUUGUCCCAUUCGGGGUCGCCACAUUUCUUUGGUACAGUUCCUGACGCAACCCCCGUUUUCCCAAACCACUGCUCUCCCCACUGAGCUGGCACAAUAAAGCCAUCAAAUCCAAGAAGUGGAUCCCCCCCAUUUUCUAUCCCGCUCGUCCUUGAACUUAACACGCUUGUUUUGGGGAAAAGCAAGAAUCAGACAUAACACCUCUUGACGCCAAAAAGGCGAGCGCGCUUAACGCCCCCCCCCCCCCCAACGAGUUUGCGGUGCUUCCGAAGGCGUGUACAUCUUUGGAACGUUGUGUGUGCGUGUGCUUGCAUGGAAUAAAAUGUCACCGUAAAGUGUGCGGGUGUGUCAUUAUGAUGUCAAUAAAGUCGGACAAUUCAUCAAAACA